AUGGCGGCACUCGAGAGGAAAACCCAAAUCGCCGCAUGGCUUGACAAGCCUGCGCACGGAGCACGACUUCAAAUCAGAAAUGACAUUGAUGUGCCCGUCCCUGGCGACGGUGAGCUUCUGGUGAAGCUGGAUUAUACUGGGUUUUGCCAUUCUGAUGUUCACAGCAUCUAUGGCGAAACGCCGAUGGAGACAGAUAUUGCGGGCCAUGAGGGUAUUGGACAUGUCAUCCAGCUCGGCCCAGAUGUACCAGAAGAAUGGCUCAACAAGCGAGUCGGGGUAAAAUGGCAACAUAGUACAUGUGGAGAGUGCGAGAUCUGUCAUGUGAAUCCAACCGCGUGCCCGAAUCAGCACAAUUCUGGACGUGAUCGGAGAGGGACAUUUCAGCAGUACAUUGUGGUGCCUGCAAGGGGAACUACGAAGAUACCUGAAGGGCUUAAAUCCGAAAUCGCUGCGCCUCUCUUAUGUGCUGGGCUCACCAUGUACUCGGCCGUGUUGAAGACGAGGUUGCAGGCGGGAGAAUGGCUGCUCUUGCCAGGAGCUGGCGGUGGGCUGGGUCACCUUGGCCUGCAAGUUGCCGCGAAACGAGGGUACAAGGUAAUCGCCAUCGAUACAGGGGACGCAAAGCGGAAGAUGUGCAUGGAUCUAGGCGCCGCAGUUUUUCUCGACUUCAAAACUGAUGAUAUUGAUGCAGAAGUUAGAAAACUGACGAAUGGCUUCGGCGUCCAUGCCUGCAUUGUGUCAGCCGGCUCAGAAGCUGCUUAUGCACAAGGUCUGAAACUCGUUCGCAACCUCGGGACAUUGGUCUGCGUCGGUAUUCCAAGGCUCGACUUCGAUCUGCCCAUCUCACCAUUUAUGAUGAUAGUCCGUGGUCUGCAUGUUGUUGGGUCUUCAGUAGGGACAGCUUCAGAGUUGGACGACCUGCUCGAGAUGGCAGUCAAAGGCGACGUGGUGCCUCAAAUAUCUGUCUUCGAUUUCGACGAAAUCAAUAAUGUCAUGGAAAAACUUGCCAGGUUCGAGAUUGGUGGCCGAGUGGUUCUCAAAAUCCCUGCAUGA